AUUUCUAAAUUCAGACUUACACCGUUCUAAGUUGAAAAACAUAGCAACAAGAUCCCAAAAAAUAUGAACCCAAGAUUGAUAUUUCCCAACAUUAAUCCACCUUUGAUGUUUUUUCUUUUGUCAGCUAGUAGUGUUCUUCAACCACUCCAUUAUUUAAAGAAUUUUAAUUCAAGUCAACGAUUAUGACACACCAUUAAUUGAUCGAUCCAUUUUAUAAUAAACUAUACACACUUGCAAAUCAGAGAAAAGCAUGGUUUUGAAAUCUGGUUGUUGUUGGAUAUGAAUUUUUUCAAGAUACCAUUAAGUCCUUUUGUCAUUAAUAACAAGCUAAGAACAUAUAAUUGAUUCAAUAUUUCCGCCUUUUUUUAAUUUGGUUGUUGUUUUCAUUGUCGGGUAGUCGAUUGAAUUAUCACUGAACAGAUGAUAGACUUUUUAUGCUUCUUAUAUCACUCUCUUGAACAAGAAAAUUGCAGAACUUGGAUAAAUGGAUGGUAAUGGCGGUAUUCGCGGCAUCCUGCUCUCGAUAGUGUUGUUAUUGCAGCUUCCUUUUCACUCUGUCGCGUUUCCGCUAUGCACCAAUUCAAGAGCACCAGUGAUUUCAAAGACCCCUUUGAAGUUCUGUUCUUAUAAUGGAAGUACUUGUUGCGACUCCGCGAAAGAUUCACAGUUGAAGAAGCAGUUGCAAGCUUAUAACGUUUCCAGUACCGCUUGUGCUUCGCUUUUGAAAUCGAUUCUUUGCGCACAAUGUGAUCAGUAUUCGGCAGACAUAUUUAAGAUUGAAUUUGGGGUUCGGAAUGUUCCGGUUUUGUGCAAUUCCACUACACUUGAAGUAAACUCGACUCAAUCAAAUACUGCAAGAAAUGACUUUUGUUCAAAGGUUUGGGAUACAUGUCAAAAUGCAUCCAUUCUGAAUUCGCCAUUUGCACCUUCGUUACAAGGAAGUACCGGAGGAGGAGCUAAGAUUAAUUCGAGUUCUAAGCUGACCGACCUUUGGCAAUCAAAAGCUGAUUUUUGUGGAUCAUUUGGUGGUUCCUCUAGUGAGGAGGGAUCUUUGUGUUUUGAUGGUAAACCGGUUUUUUUUAAUGAAAACAGUACUACUACUGAAACCGAAGCUCCUCCAAACGGUCUGUGUCUUGAGAAACUGGGAAACGAUUCUUUUCUUAACAUGGUUGCUCAUCCUGAUGGUUCUAACCGUGUGUUCUUGGCUAAUCAAAAAGGAGAGAUUUGGCUUGCAGCUGUUCCUGAAAAUGGUUCUGGGGAAGCUCUAGUUUUUGAAGAAUCUCCUUUUCUUGAUUUAACUGAUCAAGUGCAUUUCGAUACUGAAUUUGGACUUCUGGGAAUAGCAUUUCAUCCUGAUUUUACACGUAACGGGCGUUUUUUCGUUUCAUACAAUUGUGAUAAAGUCACUUCGCCAAGAUGUUCAGGAAGAUGUGCAUGUAAUUCAGAUGCAAAAUGUGACCCCUCAAAGCUUGCUUCUGACAGUGGUGCAGAUCCAUGCCAAUACCAUAGUGUUAUUGCAGAGUAUAGUUCAAAUGGCACCGCAUCAAAAUCAUCAUUGAAAGCAGUUGUAAACCCAACAGAGGUACAGAGAAUAUUCACCAUGGGCCUUCCUUUUACAGGACAUCACGCUGGUCAGAUUCUCUUCGGACCGGCCGACGGAUAUCUCUAUUUUAUGAUGGGAGAUGGUGGAAAGAUUGGCGACCCGUAUAACUUCUCCCAGAACAAGAAGUCCUUGCUUGGAAAGAUUAUGCGGUUUGAUAUAGAUAAUGCACCAAGUGCAAAUGAAAGCGACCAUGGUCUCUGGGGAAACUAUUCUAUACCAAAAGACAAUCCGUAUGUGGAUGACAAAGAUUCGGAGCCGGAAAUAUUUGCCAUGGGAUUUAGAAAUCCUUGGAGGUGUAGUUUUGAUUCUAAACGGCCGUCUUACUUUUUGUGUGCGGAUGUAGGCCAGGAGAUAUAUGAAGAGGUGGAUAUCAUUACAAAGGGUGGGAAUUACGGGUGGCGUGUAUAUGAAGGAAAUUCUCAUUAUAAUCCCCCAGAAUCCCCUGGAGGAAAUACAUCAUCCAACUCUAUCAAUCCCAUUUUUCCCGUCAUGGGUUACAGCCACUCUGACGCAAAUGAAGGUGAUAAGGAAGGCUCCGCUUCAAUUGCAGGUGGUUACUUUUAUCGCUCAAUGACUGAUCCUUGCAUGUACGGAAGGUACUUGUAUGCGGAUUUAUACGCGGGUGCAAUGUGGGCAGCUGAAGAGAUCCCAACAGGAAGUGGUAAAUUCAAUACUACAAAAAUACCAUUCAGUUGUGGAAGUAAUUCUCCAAUACCGUGUACCUAUGAAGUGGGCAGUUCAGUACCGGAUUUGGGUUAUAUAUUCUCGUAUGGAGAAGAUAACAAGAAAGACAUUUAUCUUUUAGCAAGUAGUGGUGUGUAUAGAAUAGUUCGUCCAAGCAGAUGCAAUUACGCUUGCUCUAAAGAUAACGGUACGACUUCAAAUAGUACCCCUAAACCUUCUGAUCCUUCUUCCAGCAGUCGGUUGAUGGGUACUUGGCUGUACAAAAUUAUGAGCCUACUGUAUUCAUCUUUCUUGAUUUUGUUAUGUUUUAAUUUGUAAUGCAUAUAGUUGAUGUUGUUUUGGGUUUUUGCUCAUUCUUUACUGUAGACAGUUCCUUUUGUUGGUGUAUGCACAGAUUUGAGAUUGUCAUGCUUUGUAAAUUGUGGUGUAAAACAAAUGUAAGGAAACUUAAAGUCCCAUUUUAUAAUCUCAAA